UCACUCAAUUCUAAUAUUUUCACUGAUUUUCUUCUUUCUUCUCUUCUCCUUCUUUUCUCUGCAAUGUUAACGAAAAUCAAGAAUUCCCUUCAAAUGCCUGGAGGUUUCUCUCAGGAUUCCAAGUCAACUUAUGCAACCUCAAACAAGGAAUCAAUGGUUGUUGGGUUGCAAACCCUUGUGCAGAUAUCUUCAGAAGCAACAUCCAAAUCCAAUGUUGUCUUAAAAUCUGCAUUGAAAAAAGUAAAUCAUCACCUUCCAGCAGCUGCUUCUGCCACCACCUUUGAGUCUUGCUACCUCAAAUCUUGUUUCUUAUGCAACAAGAACUUGAGCCUAGACAAAGACAUCUACAUGUAUAGGGGUGAUCAAGGGUUUUGUAGCGUAGAAUGCAGAAGCAGGCAGAUUGUUUUGGAUGAAAUGAGAGAACUGGAAACAUCUACCAAGAAAAUAAGAAAAUCUCAGAGGCACUGUAGCGCUGCAGGCCGCCAUGAGACUCGCCAAAUCCUGGAGGAUCUUCGCCGGCGACAUAAGCAUGUUACUCAGCAGAAGCAUGGGGCAAUAGUUUCAUAGUUAAUACAGUGUUUUGUUUGCCUUAUUUUUCCUUUUCUUCUUGGUCUGAACCAAAGAGGUAUUCAAAGAGAUAAUGUAAAGCACAAGAGAAAGUGACAUGGUGGAGAUAUUUAUUAUUAUUAUUAUUAUGAGUUGGAUAUAUCUGUAUAUUUAACAACAGAUAAAAAGAUGAUCUCUAAAGCAACGUUUCA